UUGGAGUGUUGAUCACAGAGUGCGGCUUGCUGUUUGCUACUGCACACAACAUGGCUGAUACCGCAAUUGAGACCCUCCGCGAGGAAAUCAAAGAAUUCCUCAAAGGAGCUGAUCUUCUCUCGGCUUCCUCGAAGAAGGUGAGAGCCCAUCUGAAUGGAAAGUUCGAGUGCGACUUCACCAGCCGCAAGCAGGAAAUCGAUAAGGUCGUUAUGGAUGUCCUAACCGAACUCGAGGGAGACGAGAAGAAAGAUUCGGAGGACGAUGACGACGACUACUCCGAAGAAGAUGAAAAGCCCAAGAAACGGAUGCCGCCACCACGAAAACCAGCGCCCAAGAAGAAACGUUCCAAAGGCUCAGACUCUGAUGAAGAGUCGGAAGAACCCAGCGACGAUGAUGAUUCGGAAGACGAGCGGAAGAAGAGGAAGAAGAGAGCCUCGAAUGGGAGUGCAAAGGCCCGCAAACCAACCACAACCACCAGCGGAGCUGGCGGUAAAAAGGCCAAAACGGGUUAUAUGAAGGAUCUCAAGCUCUCGCCUGAGCUAUCCGCGGUGAUGGGGGAGGAACACAUGUCAAGGAACGCGGUUGUGAAAAAGAUGUACGCUAUCGUCAGGGAGAGAAGCCUGCUAGACCCGGAUAAUCGUCAGUUCGCGAUUUUGGACGAACAGUUGCAAGAAGUGUUCGGUCAGAAACGAGUCCGAAUGUUCGGAAUGCUCAAGCAUCUCAAGAAGCACUUCUCCGCAGCUGAUUAAAAUGUAGGGAGGAGGCUCGCUUCAAAAGACUACGAUUGAAGAUUUCACUUCACAAGAAAAGAGCCGGGAAGUCUGAGCCGAUCCUCGAUGGAACUCGAUGGUUUUCUCCGUCGCGUCUUCAUUCAUUUCGGGUCAAUCAGUGGUCUCUGGUCGCCGUUUCUCCAACACACACACUGUCCAAAACUCCCCUAAUUAUUAUUAUUAUUAUCGAUAUGGAGCGGCUUUUUUUGGCGCUCUAUUCACCUUCCUGAGUUAUCAUCAAGCGUCGAUUUUCGGUGUACAUACAAUAAGUCCUCAACGCUGUAGACUGAGAGCAUAUCGGUGGAUGGGAACAAUUGUAUCGGAGGUGACUUCGAAUUUGUGUGCGGAGUCAAGACACUGUUUCCGGACGUUCGAUGCAGAUUUUUUUCUCAAGAAAAGCAUGUGCAGAAAAUAUCAUGUAUCACAUAAGUUACGGAACGCGAGGCAAUCAAGAGUUCCUUCCGGAUAUCAUCUCGAAUCCUCAGAUGGGGAAAAUUUCAAAGGCAAAAUAUGAGGAUGGAAUAAAUGUCGAAGGGAGCACGUGGGGAUGAUCUCGAACGUGUACCU